GCAGUGGUACGCUCCGCCGGCGGGGCCGUGUUCCCGCCUUCGGGGGAGCGCGCGGGUUCCCUCAGGUGCCUGUGAGGCCACGGGGGAUUGUGGGGAUCCGGAAAACGAUGGGAAUGUUUGAAACGCCUCUUAUUGAAUAGUAACUAUAUUUAGUUGAGAAAAAAAUGAAUCACAGUGAUGAAGAAACUAUGAAAAAAAACAGUGUGGUGAACCUUGAUAAACUUUUAGAUGACUUCUCAGAGAUAGAAAAGAAAAUAUCAGAAAUUAAUGAAGCAAAUAACCUACUGAUUCAUCAGCUGGAAAAAUGUAACAGGUUGCUAACAUUAAGCCAAUCAAAGGAGGAAUCAGUAAAAGAAGAACCAACUCAGCCAGUUCCUGAAAGUUUCUUUUUAAGAGUUGGCCCAAAGGCAACAGAAAUUGCUUACAGCAGAGGAGCAGAAAGAAAGAGUGCUGUGGAAGGAAAGACUGUGGUUCCACCUAUCCUGAAGGAAUGCACUACUCUACAGAAUGUGAUAAGUGGUCUAACACAAACCAUUGAAAACCAGUGUAAUGUCAAAGAUGAAAAUGAUAGACUGAAGGAUACCAUUCACACCUUGGAAGAUAAAUUAAAGGCUUGUGAAGAGGAAUAUAAAGAUCAGAUUGAGAAACUCAUGACAGAAAUUAAAAACAAAGAGGAAGACCACAAAUUAGAAAUAACACAGUUGAAUUGCAAUAUAAGGAAAAAAUUUGAAGUAAAAGAAAUGGAGUAUAGAGAAGAGAGAGAGAAAAAAGAACUGGAAAUACUAGAGCUAACUAGACAGCUGAAAAUUCAAAAUGAAGAGAAGCAAAAUGAAAUAAUUAAACUGCAGAUAGAGUUCAAUGCUAAAUUAGCAAGAGCUCAGGAUAAAACCACCAAGUCAUUUUCAGAUGCUUCUGUCUUGCCACAAAGUAUCUAUCGAAGGAAGCUGCAGCAUCUCCAGGAGGAGAAAAACAAGGAAAUUGAAUUUCUCCGAAACACCAUAAGAGACUUAGAACAACGUCUUCAUAAAGGUCAAGACUUGCACUUAAAACGGAAGCGAUUUUGAGUAAAUAACAUGAAGUAUUUUAGUAGUACAUACAAUGCAAAAUACAGAUAGUGUAUUUCAAACUGUGCAUCUCAAAAUCAAAACAACAUAUGAAGAUAGUAUUUUUUAUUGAAAACACUCUUGUCAAAUAUUCCAAAGGCAUGCACUCUGUGUAUAUGCAGGGCUACAUUCUUGCUAAUCAGCAUUCACAAUAAAAAGACUCAGAUUUUGUAGGAGUAAUAAUUUUCCUAUCAAAUCAUCAUUAAUUAUGGUGUAUGCUUUCAGAGCAGUUUUCCUUUCAUAAAUAUUAUUUUCUUCAUCCAGAAACAACUGGUUUUACUUCCAUUCAGUUAAUCAAACAUUAGAAAUGCUAAGCUACAGACAGAGAAAUUAUACAAGUUUCAGUGGUAUGUUAUAUUACUAAUUGAUACAGAUUUAUCAAAUUCAGCACUGUUAUAAACAAAGAUAAACAUUAUACUAAGAUUAAACUCAUUUUAUCCCUCCCUCUUAUUGAUCCUGACACUGAUUCUGCAUGAAGAGCUGUUAACACUGCUUCUCGCUUCAGGCAUGAUCUUAGUGAUUUAGUAGGAUUAUGUAUUAAUGGAUCCUUUUAUUGUAUCUAAGCAACAAAAGUUAAGCAUAUAAAUCUGUUACUUUAAAAUAAUGCAGUUACUGUUUGUAUAUUACAUUUUCAACAAAAAGUUAUUUUGUCACAUUGCUUAGGAGUAAGUUUUUUGUGUACAUAGUUUGUAUCCCCAGGUUAGGAAAAAAAACUAACUCAACUUUUGAAUAAAAAGUGAUUAAACUAUC